AUGCCAUCUGGCACCAAAAUACUCUCAGCUGUUUCUUCAGGAGUCUCUGCGUGGGCCAAGACGGCCAAGAUAAACGUCGUUCAGCCGGAUGGUACUCCGAAGCGAUAUUUCCUCAAGGCAUGCUGGAGCGCCAAGGCUCUCUGUGAAGGCGAAUAUGAGUCCCAGCUCGUGAUCGAGGAGGCCUUCGGCCCGGGCUUUGGACCUAGAGCUCGGGCUUGGGGUGAAUUCAACUCGGGUGGCACACACUUCUACUUUUUCUUGAGUGAUUUUCAUGACAUGGAUAUGGCAACAGCACCCGAGCCGUUCUCUUUCGUCGACAAGAUUGUCGCCCUUCAUCAGAGCUCAAAGUCCCCCACGGGCAAGUUUGGCUUCCACUGCGCCACCGUGUGCGGCUCCAUGCAGAGGACCGUUCCCUGGGAGGAAAAAUGGGCCGAUUCCUUCACGCACCUGCUCAAGGAUGUCAUUACCUACGACAACCGCGUCAAUCCGCCCUGGCCCGAGUACGAUCGCGCAUGUCGCAUCAUCAUCGAUCGUGUUAUCCCCCGCGUUCUCGGCGCACUGCAGUCCGAUGGUCGCACCUUGGAACCUGUCCUGAUUCAUGGCGACGUAUGGGAGCAAAAUGUCGGAAUCGACGUUGAGACGGGCGAGACUCUGAUUUUUGAUCCGGGCUGCACCUACGCCCACAACGAAAUGGAGUUUGGCACCUGGAGGGGCUCCUGGGCCUCGUACUUUAGCAACCCUAUCUACCAGCGCCUCUACCAGAUGAAGAUUCCGCCCUCGCCACCCGCUGAGGAGUGGGACGACCGGAAUCGAAUCUAUGCCAUGCAUAUCAAUAUUAACGACUCGGCCGGGCACCCCGGAAGCACUUCGAGACAAGUUGCCUACAAUGACAUGCUGUUUCUCAUUGAAAAGUACUAUCCCGAAGAACUAGAGUCAGACCCCGGCCUGGGAAAGUAUGACCCACAGCAAGACAUCAGUGUGACGGGAGCAUAUGUUCCUCAUGUUGUACAUCAGCUCGAAUAA